AUGUGGUUGAAAAGUUCCUCCAAAGUUCUGCAGGAGAAGCAGAAGCUCUUCAGUGAGUUCAGCCUUUUUCCUCUUUAUGGCUUCAUCUUUCAGAAGACAUGUGAAGGUAAACACCAGUUCGUCUUUGUUUUUCUCAGAUCUACCUCAACGCUCUCUAUUGCUCGAUGUUCACGCCUGCUGGAACUCACUCUACCUCAUGGUGGAGAGAUUCGUGGAGCAGUAUGCUGCCGUCCAGGCCACCAGAAUGGACCCACGGGUCAAACCAUUAGCUGAGAGGAAUAUGUGA